AUGCAAAAAGACUGGAUGUCAAACCCCAAGGUGGAUCGCACUGCAUCUUUUGUUGGGACACCAACGCACAAUCUCAUUGACCCUCCUAGCCUUUAUGAAAGUCAACACACACCCAAUGGCCCUGUCAACUAUGCCCCUACCAAUCCACCAACCACUGCUUCCUUGGACGUUGGGAACCCCCAGAACAUCACCAGACUGAGGGAUAACUACGAGUAUGUGGCAUUUGUUAGUUCCCCUUCAUGUACCAGUUUUGUUGACCCAUACCUCCAGAAGACUUCAGUCCCCUCUCAUUCACCUUCACCUCUUACUCAGCCGUAUUGGACACUCCCAUCUGCAUUUGGCGACAGUAGCCUGACACGGUCCGGUCCCUCCCCAAACCUUCAAGAAUCACACAAAAGUAGUAAUGGUCAAUCUGAAUUUCCUUCUGUUGACACCAGUAAUGGACUCCCGGACGAGCUACAGAGCAUAGCUCUAGACCCUGUUGACAAACAGGAGCGAGAUUCAUGGUCGGAGGCAACAAUUCUUGAUCGAGAGUUCCGAUCUGCGUCUGGGAAGCUCGAACUUGUGCAGAUUGCAAAAUACUUCAGUGUGCCUCGGUCUUUAGCCGACCUGGAUCUAUUCCUAGUAGCUCUCGGCCGCCGAUUCCCGCCCGAAUGUCAAUGGAUACACCCAUUACUUGUCCAGUUCGAGAAACAACGAGGGAAGCAGUGCGUGGUAAUCAUGAUGCAACGCCCACUCAGAGAGAAACCUUUCUCGAGCCCUUCGCAACACCCCUGUUUCACCGAAGUAUUUGCCACAGGCUUCGAGUCACUUGGACUGGGAGUCAUCAAGCUCGAUUUCCGAAAGCAAUGUCGCCGAAACUCAGAAGACACAAACUGUCCGGGUAUCAGACUCGGAGUGGAACAGUCUAUUCUUGGGUUAUGCACGACCAUCGAGCUCCUCAUUAUCACACAUUUUUUCAAGGAUGGGCUUACAGCCUUUACAAGGAGGUUGGCUACGCACGACGAAAUAGUCCAGAAAGAAAGAAAUGGAAAGAAAAUAAAAGAGAAAAAGAACCUCCAGGAAACAGGAAACCCCCUUGAGCAGCUCUCAGCAUCUGUUGCCGACCUCCGUCUCGUCAGUGAAUCCUAG